CUGCUGAGCUGCGCGACGUCAUCAUUAAUUCAAAAGCUACCGGAGUUGUAUUGGAUCAGGAAAAAGUUGAUCAAUAUAUUAAGGCUAUGUCCUUGACUGGCAGUGAGAAGGAGAAUGCGGAAAAAUUGGCCGCUCUAUGGAUGUACACAGCGCAGAUGGGCAGCUCUCGCAAUUUGGCACAAACUGGAGGUAGUCGGCCGAUUAUGUUGAUCCCCGCUGGCAGCACAAAUAUGCUGAACACACCUCCGCCACCUGUGCCGUCUGUACCUGGCCCCAUGGUCGUUCCCGGCAUGCCAUAUCGUCCUGGCAUGACCUACACUCUACCACCGUACAUGCGUCCUGGCUCAGUGAUUUAUGCGCCCACAGGCAGUGUGCCCAGUGGCACCUAUCGCACACACAAGAGCAGCAAAUCUGCUGGACCACCACAUCGUCGCCGCCGUCCCGGACCACCACCGUUACGCACAGGCAAAAUGAACGCCAAUCGUCGCCAGCGACGCAAAUCUGAGACGGAUAUGAUCGACAAUGAAGCUUUCCAGUAUACGGGGCUCGAUCGCGAUAUAGCAGAUAAUUUCUUGGCGCGUCAGGAGCAAACAAAUAGCCAGCCGGGUAGUCACGUAGACUAUUCAUCUUCGUCGACGGCGGCUAGUGAGACAUAUGGCAAGCAGCGUUCGCGCUCGUCGUCCAAGACGAAAAUCGUUUGUCGCGAUGUGGUGAUGUAGUCCAGUGAUUUUGAGUUGAGUCGAGUCAUUCUAGCGGGUUGCGUCCGAUCCGGGGAACCAUCUAACGAAAUAUUAUGUAUAAUUUACAUAUCUAACUGUACUAUUGUAAUGUUGUAAUAUUCGUAUGUCUUAUUC